CCUCCUCAGCUCAAAAAGCGGAGCCACCCACGCUCCCUGGUCCACAUCUCGCGGCUUCCUCCGCAAGCGCACUCAGGCAUGGGCAACGUUGCUGCGUCCGGAGGAGUGCAAGUCCGUCGGCGGCCGCCUGCGGUGGACGAGCGCCUCACGCGGCCGCGCCGCCUCGUCCGCGAGCUGCCCGACCUUGACGCCGGCCGCCUGCGUCGUCUAAUCCGCACUGGCGACCUCGCGCCUUGCUUUGACCCCGCCGAGGACGCCAGCGCCGGCCUCACCGAGGAGUGCCCGAUUUGCUUCUUUUUCUACCCGAGUCUGAAUAGAUCCAGGUGCUGCGGCAAAGGGAUCUGCACUGAAUGCUUCUUACAGCUGAUGCCAUCCGAGGCUUCUAAACUUGUCCACUGCCCUUUCUGCAAAACUAAGGCCUAUGCAAUUGAAUACCAAGGCGCUCAAAUGACAAGCGGCAAGGAAAUCAAACAAGAGGGAGAACCGAACGUCAAUGAGACUAAACCGAGUGUGUUCAUUUGAAAUCUCAGAUUACCGGCGGAAUUGUUCGGCCUUAGAAUUAGCUAGUCCAAUUUUACGCUUCCGCAAGUUUUCUGACCUGACGACAAGUUUUUUUUUUCUUUUCUGGACUGCCAUGAUGACUCAUCCUGACUGAAUUGUUUUGGAAUACCAAUUCGUUCAGAAAAAAAAAAGUCCGAUUCAGCAUGUGCUUCUUCUACUGUAUAACGAAGCAAAAUAUCCUUCUAUCUAGUGGAAUGCAGAAAAAUAAUGCGGAGUUGGUGC